GCAUUGAGUUCAUUGAGUCAAAAUUAAGAUUUGUCACAGGGAAGUGCUGAGUGUUCUAAGCCAGCCUACUAAGUGUGGGUUUUGUAGGCCUGUGUCCUACUGAUAAUGUCCAUUUGUGGUUGCAUGGUGCAUAUUAAAAUUUAUCGGGCGCUAGGCCCUAAGGCCUAACUUGAACAUUGUGAUUGCCGGCCGGCUGCAGUCAGACAGAGCUCGGACAUCGCCUUGACUUUUCUUCUUGUGUCCAAACCCAGUGCAAAAUAGGCCUACAGUGCUGGUUUAGUCUGACAGACUGAUGGUCGAUUUGAAGUCAGCUGCACAAUGGCUAAUGAAGUGGUAGAAUGUGGAGCAGCCACAAGGGAGACUGAGAAUUGCCAUGAUCCAUUCCUUACGGAACAAGGAAAUUCAGUUCCAAAACAAAGAGAAAAGAGCUCCCUUGAGAAAUUCAAAGAUCAUGAGUAUCGAAGAAAAUUCUUGCAUUCAGUGGUCCUGUCGUGUUCCAGUUUUGUUUUGGGCUUAGUGAUUGGACAGCAAGGACCAACAUUUUUGGAUCUUUUGAUCAUCACCGGCGUAGACCUUGAGACAGGAUCAUCCUUCUUUACUGCAGCUUCCUGCGGCUAUUUGUUUGGCUCAUUUGUUAGUGGAUUCUUACAUGGCAAGGUAAAUGACCAUAUAAUGAUGGUUGUGGUCAGUGCUGGAGCAGGCACAGCUGCCAUCAUCACUCCACACUGCUCACCUUUCUGGCUCAUGAUCUGUAUACGGUUUCUAACAAACAUGUUCUGUGGUGGCAUUGACACUUUUGCUAAUGCCCAGCACCUAGGUCUGUGGGGAUCUGAGGGCCGGGCUUUACUGCAGUUCAUUCAUUUCACAUUUGCUUUGGGCGGAAUGCUGACACCUUUGUAUACAGAGCCAUUCCUUGCGGAAAAAGAUGUUUCAGAUGAUCACACUACAGAUUCCCAGCUCAGCAUUAAUACAACAGCUGUGCCAUAUUCACUGAACACCUCAAUCAUGGAAAAUACUUCAACUUCUAGUCACAACAUGACCAUCUCAGGUGACCACCAGAUCAGUUCGAAUGUUCAUUAUGCUUUCCUUAUAACAGGAAUUUUGUCUUUCCUUGCAUCCAUUCCAUACAUAGUGCUCUAUUUUACAGACAAAUCAGGAAAAAGUUCUUCAGACGGUCCAUCUAGUGAUGAGAAAUCUAGAAAAGUCCCUUUACCCUUACGUGUGUUUAUGAUCAUAGUGUUGUGCCUCCUCUAUGUGGUAUACUGUUGUGUUGAAGACACCUUUGCUUCUUUCCUAAUGACCUUUGUUGUUAAUGAAUACGACCAUGUUACUAAGUCUAAAGGAGCUUACAUGACCACUUUUUACUGGGCUUCAUUCGCUGUUGGAAGAUUUCUCAGCAUUUUUUUAGCAAAAUACAUGCGAGCAGUGAGGCUAAUGUAUUUAUGUAGCACUCUUAUGAUAAUUGCAUAUUCAGCGUUUCUUGUCAGUGCCCACUUUGCUGCAAUAGAUGCCCUAACAGUUUUUGCAGGCUUAGCAGGGGUAGCUAUGUCGUCUUUAUUUCCUUCUGGCCUGUCUUGGACAGAAGCAGAGCUGAUGCCUGUUACAGGUUGGAUUUCAUCCUUUAUUUUGAUUGGCAGCUCUAUAGGGAUGAUGGUGAACCCUCUGAUUUUAGGGUACCUUAUGGAAGAGGUUGCAAACAUGUGGUUUUGUUAUCUCUUGCUUGGGGAAACACUGUUAAUGUGUGUUAUAUUUUUGUUUCUCUUGUUCUUCAACCGUAAGUAUGUUAACAUCAAGUAUGGACCUGUGACCCUGCCUGUGACUAGUUCUGUUACUGUCGUAGCUCCUCCUGAAUCUGAAAGUCUUCACAGUGCAAAGAUGCUCUAAUUAUAAAUACAGUCGUCUCCGCCUAAGAUCCCACCGUUUAUGGUCCUGGUUCGCCUAAGAUCCCGCUGUUUUGGAAAAACAGAAGUUUUACUAUAUUAUAAUAGUCACCCCUAAGAUCCCGCACUGAAGGAGCUACAUUC